AUGCCAGCAGCAGUGCCAGGUCGCGCCCUUGCCCGGGGUGUGCUGGGGAUGCUUCUGCUCUGGCUUUUAGAGGCCGUUUGUGAAGAUAAGCCCGGCAAGAGAGCAGAGCCCUCUGAAAGAGCUGACACCCUCGCCCUAGCCGAUGACCUUCAUUUACCUGUUGCUGUACCUGAAGUUCCCUCUUCACCAAGACAUGAAUUUCCUGCAGACUGGAGUAUUAAAACACGACUUUUAUUUAUGUCUUCCCAACCUUUUACCUGGGCAGAACAUUUAAAAGCUCAAGAGGAAGCUCAAGGAUUUGCUCAGCAUUGUAGAGCUACGGAAACAAACUUGCCACAGAGCGUACAGGAACCAAAACUGUCCACGGAACUGCGCUGUGCCUUUCAGCAAAGCCUCGUUUACUGGCUUCACCCUUCACUGCCAUGGCUGCAGCUGUUCCCUCGGAUCGGAGCAGAUAGAAAGAUGGCUGGGAAGGCCAGUCCUUGGUCACAGGAUGAAGCAUUGCAGCAAGUGCUAAUGAGCGACUGGUCUGUCAGCUUUACUUCUCUCUACAACCUGCUCAAAGCCAAGCUGUGUCCCUACUUCUAUAUAUGUACCUACCAGUUUACCGUCCUGUUCCGAGCGGCUGGUCUUGCGGGAAGUGACGUUAUCACAGCUGCAAUUUCUCCCACAACUAGAGGUUUAAGGGAAGCCAUGAGAAAUGAAGGCAUAGAGUUUUCUCUGCCUUUGGUGGAAGAAAGUAGAACCCCGAAACAGAAAAACUCGGAAGUGAAUUUGGAAAUGGAAGUUGCCAGCAGCCUCGAAGUGGGCAACAGCACGGAAGAUGGAGGGGAACCAGCUCCCAGCGAUGAUGAUGAUGAUGAAAGCUUCUCUUGGCUUGAGGAGAUGGGAGUCCAAGACAAGGUUAAGAAACCAGAUGCUAUUUCUAUAAAACUUCGUAAGGAGAAGCAUGAGGUGCGGAUGGAUCACAAACCCGAAUCCCUUGCGUUAGUGAAAGGAACAAACACCUUCACCUUGCUGAACUUCCUGAUAAACUGUAAGAGCCUAGUGGCUGCCGCAGGUCCGCAAGCUCGAAGUAUAAAUGCCAAAGCCAGGGUUCACUUGGCCUACGAGGAUGUGUUCAGUUUGGAGAUCAUAGGCCCUGUCCUGCCUCAUUCCCUGCAUUCCCUGACCACGCUGCUCAAGUCAGCACAGAGGGGAGCCUUCUCUGCCGUGUUCUACACGCACGAGCCAACUGCCGUGUUUAACGUAGGGCAUGGCGCGUCAAAAGCUAAUCCUACAUGUUCUCGUCUUCAGGCUCGAAGUAUAAAUGCCAAAGCCAGGGUUCACUUGGCCUACGAGGAUGUGUUCAGUUUGGAGAUCAUAGGCCCUGUCCUGCCUCAUUCCCUGCAUUCCCUGACCACGCUGCUCAAGUCAGCACAGAGGGGAGCCUUCUCUGCCGUGUUCUACACGCACGAGCCAACUGCCGUGUUUAACGCUCACCUCGACCCUGCAAGCCCUGCCUUAAACAAGGAAACCGUAUGCAAAGAUACACCUACGUGUGGACUGCAUCCUAAGACCUUGGAUCAACUGAGUCAGUGUCCAACACUGGGAAAAUCUUCCAUCCGAUUUCUGGAAAUGAAGGAUUAUGCUUAUACCUGGAAAUCCUAGGUAUGCUAGUUCCACUGAACGGAAAAGAAUGCUCUCAAGCAUGCGGUUGCUGCGCUUCAUUCGGUCUACGUGGGCAGCACCCGUGCAGUACUGGGAGGGACACGAUAGAGUUGAACAUCACAGGCAACUGCCUAUUACCUGACAUAAAACACUUCAAAGGACUCUUGAAGGAAACGGCCUUGGACACCUCCUUUUGUAUUUUAUAAAGCCUUUUUUAAAUAAAACUUGAUGAAACCUGAUUGUCUCUUGGUCUGGAAGGUCUGUGUUCUUCACACACAAGCACAUUCUAUUCUGAAGUACAGAAUUUCUGCUACUGCUCCGUGGUGGUAACUCCUAACCAUUUUGGAUGGGUGGAAUUCUUGGCAAAACCCCUUCCAAACUGUUCACAGCACCCUGCCAGAAGCUUGCCAGCUACACCGUGGUCUGGUGCACCUCUUGGUUUGCAGUCAGCUCUGAACUCCAGAGAGAUCAAUGGAAGUCAGCCAGACACGAGCGCAGAGUUCCAGCUGCAGCUGCUUCAGAUUAGAAGGUGAAGCUUCCUCAGAACUGCUUGGCAUAGCUGUCUGGUAUUCCCGUACCCACUUACACCUGAAAAUGAGCUAGACUUCCAAAAAGCAAUUUGUACAAACUAUAACCUGACUCGGGCCAAGUGGGAGCAGUAACAGUUGCGCCACCUGAUCAAAGACCGAGCAAAUGAGCAGGAGGCUGCUGAGCUGACUGCGCGCUCACAGCAACCGUCCAGGCUGGUGACAGGUUUAACGCAGCUGGUUUCACUUGAGGUAGUCAAAGCUGUUAAGUCUAGAGGCACGUAAGUCGCUUUUUAACACAGCUGUCAGGCGAUCGGAUUCCUGCAGCAGAGAAUACUGAAUCUGAAGGGCGGUACGCAGGCUACCGUCCCGCUCGUGUGCUCCGGCGGCGUUUCUGAUUCAACUGAGCACAGAAAAGCAAGCCGUGCUCGCGCCACGAGGUCAGCUACCCUCAUCGUUACUACAGCGCCCUUCUGCUCACCACCACAGAAUCUCUGAUUCUGGAACAGUAACAUUAAGCCUCAGUUGAGGAAAACGCCUGUAAACUUAAAAAUGUGGGCAGGUAAACUGCAGACUGAAGCAGGAUGGAAGCUUCCAGUGCAGCCUUCCAGUUACUUGGUAUCACCACCACUUGAAGUGUCCUACCCCCAGAAUACAGCACAUAUACAAUUGCAGUGGGAAACUUUGUAUUUGUUACUUUACGGUUAACUCCCGUGACAGUGUCAGCCUAGGGAUACACUGAACAAGAGUAGCAUCCAAAAAACCCAGAUAAAGGGAAAGCCCCUCUCUUACGAUAGAAGGCGGCACCAUAGAACACGAAACACUUACUUUGAUAAUGCCAAAUGCUCCAUUUCUGGGGGAGUUCCGGGUAGUACACUCCAACUUUAAUUAAUCUUUACACUUCUCCCCAGCUAAUCUAGAAGCAAGUAACUGAAUCUCUCCCCUUUGAUUAGUAUUAGACACCAAGAGGGAAAAUCCAGCGCCAAUGGCAUCGUGGGGAAUCCCAGAAGACUGGGUUUCUCAAGCAGCUGGUGCACUAACUACGCUUCCCUUUCCAGUGGCUUUUUAAGGGAAUAACAGUUCACUCAAUGCCUUUUUCUAUCCAGCUUUCUCUGCCUACGUCAGUCCUAGCCUCUGCUACCGGGCUUUGCAGUCUGCUGCAAACUCACCCUCGGCCCAGCGCUACAGCCUGUCUGCUGCUAGGAAAUACAGUAAUUGCUAUUCACUUCGGUUCCAGUUUGCAUUUUCACAUGUAGCACGUUAAGGGUUAGAGACACCGGCGCCAAUUAAUAUCUUUCACUCAUUUAAAAAAAAAAUUGAAUUGCAAUUACAUUCUUGUAGUGUAGAACUGCAUCGUUUCAAAAUUUACCACCAAAUUCUUUUAUCGCAUGCUUUGUGUUAUUACCCGAGCUGUAGUUCCUCCCUGCACCGUAAACUUGGGUUUAAGUCACAGAUCCGCCUGGAAUUGCAGAAGCGCAUUCCAGUUGCUUAGAGCUCUGGGAUUCGGUGCCGUUCCUGAAGCACCCUUGGCUCCAGUGAACUUUCCCUAUAAAAGCUGCAGCAUUACGCUACCCACUCCGCUGUUCUUCCGUCUACAGGUAGUGUCAGCAACUGCUACCAUUCUUCCAGAUGCUGGUAGAGCAGUAAGGUUUAUUUAUUUAACCCUGUCCAAAUGGGGGAAUUUUCAUCACGGCUAUGAUUUGUUCGGGCCAGCUAGAGACUUGCAGCAGUUGAUUAAGAUACUGUAUAGUUUUCGCCCUUUUCAAUUUCAAAGCCAAUUUCAAAUUUUCCAAGGUGUAGUGUAGGAACUUCACCUCCCUGCUCCUCCAGUCCUAACUAUUUAAAAACUAAAAGUUAGAAAAGCCUGCCCAGAAAUUGUUCUGGUGGAAGCUGGCUGGGCCAGUUCUUGGGCGCCUGUUUCAAACUGCUCCUCUCUCGUGUGACAGGGAAACCAGAAGCACUUUCAGCACGGUUACUUCUAGGAAAAAGAAUCCUGCAGCAAAAGGAAACCCAGCAGCCACACAGAUCACGUCUUCCAUCAGCAGACAGCUAAAGUCUUGCAUAAAUAACCAGGUUCCAAGAGAGUGUUUCCUAGUUGUUCGCUUUAAUAUGUCACUACUUAUCUAUUCCUGCAUGCAAAACACACUCAAACCAAUUCAGAUUUACAAAUUUAACAGAAGCGCGUCGCUGCACUAGCCUUAGAGUCAUAUAUCGUUCUAAACAACAAGGAAUGAAACUAAAACAGAAACCUUGAAAUCAAGAAGUGUCGUAAUUAGGGCAUUACAGACCUUAAUUAUUUGGGGGGUUUUUUGUAAGUCUUCCUUAAGACCAAAGGUUAAAUCCACAGACAGUACCACGUCUUUUAAGGCAUGAAAUCCAGACUUGCCUAAACAGUUAUUUUUUUAAAAUGGAGUCUUCAACAGGACCGAGUUCAUCUGCUCCUUGGUGCCGUGAGAUAACAUGUAUCUUAACAUUACACAUGGGGAAUAUAGAGCAAAAAAAGAACAAAACAACAAGUACAAGAGACUUUAUGUUCCCAGACUCGAUACCGUACAGCUAUGAAACCAGUGCUUACAUGGACACCGUCAACUAAACAAAAUGAUCAACAUCUCUGAUGCGUUAGCUCUACCAAACCAGGUAUUGAAACAAAAGUCCAAUUAGGAGCUGUUCCCGCGUCCCGAGUUAAUUACUUUAAGUCGUACAUCAAAAAGCCAGACUUCAGACAAGACAGAUCCAACACCCAGCUCUCCCAAGGCAGACCUUUCCGUUGCUGUACGAUCGCAUUUACUUUUGGUUUUCAUACACACCUUCCAACUAGUUCAGCAAAUGAGGCAAGGAGAUCUUCAAAUAUUUAGUCAGAGACUGAAGGCGAGAAGCCACAAAGGGAAAAAAGUUUUUAAUUAAAGACAACUACGUCCAUGAAAAUUAAGAUCAACUUAGGCAUUUCUAGAGCGCUUCGACAGACUAACAUGGGGCUUUACUUCUCGGAAGCGUGUGGUGCAGAUCCAAAUACCAUUUCUCUGCUGUACACAACAUGAGACCUCGAACCUCGUCCCUUCAGGGCAAAGACAGACACCUUGUUCCGUAACAGUUGACAGAAUGCACGCAAGUCGCCUUACUCCGUGGAAGAGGAAGUACUGGCAAUCCUUCACCUCCACGUUCCUGCUACCAUUGCAGAGGUCAUUCACUUUAGGCUCGAGCACAGCCUUACUGCCUGCAACCUGUAUUUUGUUCCUGUCCCAGACGAAGCUCUGGUCAGUAGAUGUCGUACGAAGAGACCUCAAAAAGACUCUUCUGAAGUAAGCACCUGAACGACCAGAGUCCAUAAAUCCCGGCAGUCUGCUUGUAGCUCGGACAAAUCUGGCAAGAGGUGUACGAUGCCCUUUCCACUACAAAGUGCACACAGCUAAAGUACUAAUACUUCUUAAAUUACAAAAAAAAAAAAAAUAAAAAAA